CCAUUGACUCUAAACCGACCAGCCAGCAGACCAGGAAGUGGACUGUUCUCGAUCGGUGAUUAAAAUAAUUUGGAAUAAUGAAAUAAAUUAGGACGUGCAUGAUUAGGGAAUAUAAAUAAGUAUGUGAUUAGUGCAUUUCAAGAUUUUUAGUUGAGUCAAAUUUGGAAUUCGGGUGAAAAGCCAGUAGGUCUUGUGGUUUGUUCAACGUUUCUGAGCAUUCCGACCGAUGGCACAAAGGGGUCAAGGACCCAACAUUCGUCACAACGGUGGGACCAUAACGUAUAUUCGAACCCCAAACGUGACAAUUAAUCGAUCAUCGACGCCAAGUGUAAGCAGCAACACCUCAUCUGCCUCCUCGUCCAGAAAUCCAAGUCCUCCCACUACUUCACAGAACCUCUCCAAAGAUUCUCCAGAUAUUCGCAAUACUUUCACAAGACUUGAUGUCACAUCCAAAAACCUACUAUAUAAAGCAAAUCAGUUGCUCAAAACGUUCCGAGAAAGAAAUAUCCAUGAUCCAGAAAAGGUUAAUGAUCAAGACACAAUUUACGAUUUGAUGGCUCAAAUUAAGCUACUUUUGGAUGAAAUGGUUGACAUCUCGGAUGAUAUGAAUGCUGUUAAGGAUACAAAAAUUUCAAGCCCAAGAUUGGUUGAUCAAGCAAAGACUUACACACUAACUGUGGAUAGUUUAAAGACUUCACUAAAACAAUUACAAAGAGACUUUCAAUUGGCAAUUACGUCCAAAGAACGCCAAGAUUUGUUUACGCUGUCUCGUAGUCCGUUCGCAGAUAACGGAAUUCGAAGACGGGGUGCCGGUGCGGCAGAAAUUUCUUCAGGGGCUACUGAGAGCAUGCUUCAUUCCAGACGGAUUUUGUUGGAAACGGUGCAACGCAGCGCAGGAACGAUUGGUACCCUUGCAAAUUCGUCAACUGCGAUACAAGAAAAUCAAGAGGAGCUCAAAAGUCAAAACUCCCUGAUCUCAGUUAGUAAGAAAUUGUUAACCAAGUAUGGGCGGCGAGAAUUUACGGACAAGAUAUUGAUAUGCCUGGCUCUCGUGUUUUUUCUUGCCUGUGUGGUCUACGUUGUACAGAAAAGGAUAUUUUAAUUCCGAUUUCGAUUAUACCUCAAAUCCUCACGCUCAGCAGCACGAUGAUAUUACUCUGAUUCUUAAUAAUCCAACUAUGAGUACCAAGUUUCACCAAAGUGAAGUCGUGUUCAUAAAACUUUUUUAAUAAUGCCAAUCCUACUUGAAAAAAUUAUUGUAUUUUGCCUUGAUGAACUAGACGGACGAAAAAACUAUUACCAAAUAAACCAAAAUGAAUAAUUAAGCUAUAAUCAAACAA